CAACGUAGAGGGUCAACCAGUCAGCAGAUGAUUUCCUCCUCUUCAGUCGCUCUCUCUUCUAUUACUGCCACUAUUUCUAUGAGACUGGCGAGUUCCACUUCUGGAUUUUUCCUUCGACUUUUCUCUUCAUCGUCCUUAACUAUCCCUAGAAACCCCCGUUAUUUACAACUUCACCAGGCCAGGUGGAACCUGCCUCAUAGGAGACCUUUCUUCGUUGCUCAAAUCCCGAUCAGGCCCUUUAGGGUCAUUUUGAACACAAUGGAGCAGAGCAGUGUCGUCGCCAACGGUGGUGGAUUGAGCUCCGCUAGGGUUUCAACACUGUCAAAUGGCGGAGAUAACGGCAGCAAAUUAGUCAGUUUCCAGCUGUCUCCUGCCUGUUCCCUCGAAAUUCAGAAAGGCGAUAUCACGCAGUGGUCAAUUGAUGGAGCCUCCGAUGCCAUCGUUAAUCCUGCUAAUGAGCUAAUGCUUGGAGGUGGUGGUGCUGAUGGAGCCAUACAUCGAGCUGCUGGUCCAGAACUACGAGAUGCGUGCUAUCAAGUUCCUGAAGUCCGACCUGGAGUCCGCUGCCCUACUGGAGAAGCAAGGAUUACACCUGGUUUUAGAUUGCCUGCAUCUCAUGUGAUUCACACUGUUGGACCCAUAUAUGAUGUCGAUGGAAACCCUGAGGCUUCUUUGGCAAAUGCAUAUAGAAAUAGUCUACGCGUAGCUAAAGAGAACAAUAUUCAGUAUAUUGCUUUCCCAGCCAUAUCGUGUGGGGUAUUCAGGUACCCCUCUGAUGAAGCUGCCUUUGUGGCUAUCUCUACGGUCAGGGAAUGUGCUGAUGGCCUCAAAGAGGUCCACUUUGUCUUGUUCUCAGAUGAGAUUUACAAUGCUUGGUCGAAGGCAGCCAGAGAAUUGCUUUCAAAUUCAUGAGCCGGUGGUUUGAUGAUAUGGUUGAUAAAAAAUGAGGCAUCUGAGCUGUCUUGCAUCAGUCUCUAAAAAUUAUUCCGAGGUUCAUGGGCUAUUUGCUGAGGAUAUUAAUGAUCAGUUUGCGAAUAAAUUUCCAGGAGCAUUGUCGAAAAAUUGGUGGCUUGUAUUUAGAACUUUUGAUUUUUGAUAGGAGGUAAGGAGUGUAUCUAAUGUAGCAUGAUCUAUCCAAAAACUCGUGGCUUCUUGUGCAUAUGAUAAUAAUGCUCGUGUGGCAUUUUGCGUUGACAUCAUAUCUAAUCCUAGAAACCGGCCA